GGGCAGCAGGUCUCGCAAGCAGGUCUCGCUGUUGCCGGGCUGGCUGGAGUCUACUCCCAGCGCUGCCAGUCUUCAAGCCCUCUGAAGGCAGGUCCUAUUGGGCCUCAUAGCAAGCGGUUUUUAACCACAUUAGGACCACUUGGUCAGAGGACACUUCAAGAUAACAUCAACGCAGCCGGAGAAAUCGACGGGGCCGGAGUCUCUGAACCUGAUAUGUCAAGUUUAGCUUCCGAAACCAAACGACCAACCAUACUGGAACAGGGUCUAAACGAGCUAAAUGAACAUAGCAAAGCCUUAGGAAGCGGUUGCAAUAGCAAAGUCCUCUGGUCGUCUCCUCCAUCAACUUUUGGUUCCACAGUUGCCUCAAUAUCAUCCUCUACCUUAUCUACACCUUCAUCUUCUUCCCCCUCUUUGCGCUCUUCGCGCUCGCUUUCUGGAGUUCUAGCAGAACAUUUUACACCGGCACACUUGCCACGCCAGACACCUCUACAGGAGUCUUUUUGCACACAUUCGUCUAUCUCGCAGCCUCAGGCACAGCAACAGGUGCAACCCAUACUCUUUCAUAACCACCUUCAUCACAACCCCAACCCCAGCCACAACACGAGCCAGCAAGAGCCAAACCAGCAUCCAAUUUCUAUUUCGCAGUGUCAGCAUCACUUGCAAGGUCCAGGGUCUCACUCACUUCAUUCGAGUACAUCGGCACAGCUUGUGCCCCAGGUAUUCGAAUACCAUGUUGCCGAUACAAACCGAACCUGGAAUGAGUUGCCGUAA